AUGAAAGACCGAAAUGAGCGGUGUUUGGAGGUGGCGAAAGAGGGCGAGCGUUUGAUUCGCGAUGGGCAUUUUGAUCGUGGAAUCGAAUCGAUGGAGGCGGCAAUCGCCAUCGGCACCUCCGAUUUACUGACCCUUUCCGCCAUUUACUCCCAACUAGGAAACGCCUUUUUCUCCGUCGGAUCCUACUCGAAAGCCAUCGAGUUUCACCGAAACGAUUUGCUGUUGGCCAGGGUGCUCAACGAUCGAACGGGUGAGGCGAAAGCGUGCGGGAAUCUCGGAAACGCGAUGAAAGCCGUGGGACAAUAUGAGAUGGCUUUGUCAUACUUCGAAACGCAACUCAAGCUAGCGAAACAAUUGAACGAUCGGUUCCUCGAAUCGCGUGCCUUGUUUCAUUUGGGUACUGCGCAUCAAGCUCGGGGGAAAGAGCUUUCCCGGAUGUGUCCAUCGACAAAUGAUGUCGACGGACCGACAUGGCAACAAGCGAAAGAUGAUCUAAACAAGAGCAACGACUAUUUCAGGGUGAACCUCGAUCUGGCACGCACGCUAAACGACUCGAUGUUCGUCGGCCGAAUUCUCGGACAUUUGGGCAACAACUUUUAUAUUCUUCGCGAUUUUCGCGGCGCUGUCGACUACCAUAUGCAGCGUCUCGACAUCGCGCACCAGUUCGGCGAUCGACAAGCGUCUCGUCGAGCCUACACAAAUUUGGCCAACGCGCAUAUGAUGCUGAACGAGGCUCGCAAAGCGAUCGAGUACUACCGCCUGGCCUACUCGGUGGCGCACGAGACCGAGGACAAGUACGCGGAGGCGCAGAAUUGCUUCUCGCUGGCAAACGCGGCGAUAGCGAUCAAGGACUAUCCAUUGGCCACCGAAUUCCACUUGCGACACCUGAAGCUGGCUCGUGAAUGCGGAGAUGUGGCCGGGGAAAUGAGAGCCCUCUCGAGUCUCUCACUUGACUUUUUCUAUCAAAGUGACCUCAGGAAAGCCGCGUACUUCCUCGAAAUGGGCAGGAAAUUGGCGAAACAGAUGGGAGAUCGAACAGCGCUCGAGAUGCACUCGAAAAAGCUGACGAAUUUGAUCGACGACAACUCGCAGACAUUGUUGAUCGAUGGAGAGAUCCAAUUUGAUUGGACGGCCGACCCUGAUGGAGAACCGUCGACAAGACUGUGCCGGUCGGUGAAUGAGUUGCGGGAACCGCAGAUGGAUGAAAGAACGGAUUGUGGGCUGAGUCGGCAGCCGAUCUCCUCAUCGGAUACACAGUUGAAUUCAAAACUCACCACGGAGGAGGAGCUCGCCAAACAGGACGCCUUCUUCGAUUUGCUCCUAAAUGUGCAAGGAAAACGGCUAAACGAUCAAAGAUGUGACGCCGGAAUUUUGACUGAUCUCACGAACCGGGGCCCAAGGCAGACAGACAGUAUGACGAUUACUGGAUACGAAACCCCCGAGCAAUUCAUCGAGUACCUGCUGGCGGCACAGGGCCGACGAAUGGAAGAGCAAAGGGCUCACCUCUUCCCCGGACUCGCCGAUCGAGAUGAUGUAUUGCAAAAGAUUGUCGACACGCCGGGCUUCGACGAGGAUUUGUAUGAUUUGGUGAUCAAAUCUCAGUCGAAACGGUUCAACGAUCAGCGAACGGACAUCGAUGAUGUGCCGGGGUUGAAAUUUCUCGGCAAUUUGCCCCAUCACUCGGCCACAACAGUCCCAGAGGAGGAUAUCAUGGAGAUUGUCCUGAAAAUGGCUGCUGGCCGACUCGACGAUCAGCGAGCAUCCUUGAAUCCGUCGGCA